GUCUAGAACGUAGACUCUAGUAUAAAACAGCACAUUUGGGCCGCCUGGCUCUAGUUCGCACAGAUUGUUGGAGCUUGUUUGUGGCUCGUGCACUUGUGGAAGGCUAGACGAAGUGAAAGUGAAAUUACCUAGUGAUCAGCUGUACAAUGGAGGGUGGAAAGUUCAAGCCGCAGCCACAGGGUUUUGCCACGAAGGCCAUCCACUCAGGACAGAGUGCCGAGCAAUGGAGCAGUCACUGCGUCGUGCCGCCAAUUGUGAUGAGCACAACCUUCAAACAAGACGCUCCCAGCGAACACAGGGGUUUCGAAUAUGGUCGCAGUGGAAAUCCAACCCGAAAUGUACUAGAGACGUGCCUCGCAGCAUUAGAUAAUGGUAAGUACGGCAUAGCCUUUGCAUCCGGAUUAGGGGCUCUCACUGCUACCCUAUCAAUGAUGAACGCUGGUGACCAUAUGAUUGUAAGCGAUGAUGUUUAUGGUGGCACCGGUCGCUUAAUAAGAAACCUAGCACAUCGGUUUGGAAUAGAAAGUGUCUUCCUCGAUGCAACUGAUAUCAACUCUGUAAGAAAGGCGAUUAAAAAGACCACAAAAUUGAUUUUAGUUGAAACCCCAACUAAUCCUCUGAUGAAAGUAGUUGAUAUUCAACUGGUAGCCGAUUUAGCAAAAGAAUACAAAGCCCAGGGAAUCAUUGUUGCCGUAGAUAAUACAUUCCUUUCACCGUACUUCCAAAGACCUCUCGAACUAGGAGCCGAUUUGGUCAUUUAUUCAUUGACAAAAUACAUGAACGGCCAUUCAGAUGUGAUUAUGGGAGCUGCUAUUACGAAUUGUGCUGAUAUUCACAGCCAAUUAAGGUUUCUACAGAACGCCACCGGAAUAGUGCCAUCACCUUUCGAUUGCUACCAAGUCAAUAGAAGUCUUAAGACAUUGUCCCUCCGAAUGCAACAACACAGCAAAAAUUCCAUUGCCGUUGCAAAUUAUCUGGAAAAGCAUCCGUUUGUUAAAUCUGUUCUCCAUCCUGGGCUAGAAUCACACCCUCAACACCAAAUUGUACUGAAGCAAACAUACGGCCACAGUGGUAUCAUGUCCUUCUACAUCAAGGGUGGUUUGGAAGAGUCUAAGAAAUUCCUGAAGGCGCUCAAGGUCUUCAUUCUCGCCGAAAGUUUGGGAGGAUACGAGAGUUUGGCUGAAUUACCGUCCAUCAUGACGCAUGCAUCUGUCCCAGCCGAUGAACGUCUUAGACUGGGCAUCACAGAUAGUCUGAUCCGGCUAUCUGUUGGUCUAGAAGAUAUUGAGGAUCUAAUCCAAGACUUGGAACAAGCCCUUAAAGCCGCUCAAAUUUAAUAUCAUAUUUUUCACUCCAAAAUAAAAUAUAUCAUCAAACACGUGCCAAUAUAUGGUUAAAUCUUUUUUUGCA